AUGACCCCAGGGAGACCCCUACGCUUUGGCCUGGAGCUAUUCUCCAAACUCAUCAUGUGGAUAAGCGAGGACCCGGGGCUGCCGAGCUUUUCCUCUCCCCCGAUCCCCCCCAAAGAAAAACUAGCUGCUGGGCCCCCAAAAGAUCGACUCAAUGGGAGAGAUGCUGAAGGACCACUUUUGCUCUGCGUUUUGGGAAGCGCGUCGCUCUGGGUGCUGGCAGAAGGAGCCAGCACUAUCCGACCUGAAGAUGGUGUGGUGACCCCAGGUGUGGAAGAUGGCACCGUGUCCCCAGGUGUGGAAGAUGGCACCGUGUCCCCAGGUGUGGAAGAUGGCGCCGUGUCCCCAGGUGUGGAAGAUGGCGCCGUGUCCCCAGGUGUGGAAGAUAACUUGGUGACUCCAGGUGCCAGUGAACAGCCCGAUAAGUCUGCUGGCUUGACAACUCAGGGACUGACAACUACAAAGAGUGUGACAGUCAUUCACGUCACGGAUCGGACACCUCUAGAAAGCACAGAAGAAAGUCAGAAGACCACAGCCUCAAAUGUGGGAACUGGUCACUCUGAUGGUUUGACAACAGUAACCCUGGUUGGAAUCAUAGUUGGGGUCUCACUAGCCACUGCCUUCAUCGGUGGAGUCAUCUACAUGGUUGUGCGAAAAACGUCAGGAAGAUACAUGCCCUAAAGGGCUAAAGGGUUGUGCCCUUCUGCCAACAUGUUUUACAAAGAGAGUUCCCUAUUUCAACCUGUCCCUGAGCCUUUCUGAGGAUAUGGCCUUUGGAAACGCUGCCCACUCCUGCUGAAAAUCCACGGUGAUUCCUCUACUUGCCAAAGUGACCAAAGGAAGGAAUUCCCAAGACUUGCUCCUCUAAGAAUUUGCCUUUUGAAACUCUUUUAAUAUAAAUUUUGUAAAGAGGAUUUUUAAAUGCAUAGAAAAUGGAGAAAAAUUAUAUAAAGGGAUUUGUAACUAAGACAGUAUAAUUCCAUCCAUGUUAGAAACUGUAAUU